AUGGACACCCACCCACCUCAAAUUUGCAUGAAAUGCUAUACAAACUUGAGAAAUAUCGAACAAGGAGGAAAAACCUCUAAUUUCAGUUUAAGUCAAUGGUCACAACCUUGUUUCAUUGAAAGAUGCAUAUGUUUUUUGAAAAAAUCUGGUAGGAAGAAAAAAAAUCAGUGUGAAAGACUACCAUUAAAUGACAAAGUUGUUUGGACAAGGGAGUCAAUUUUUAAAAUAAUGGAAAGUUUUUCUGGAAUGUCUCGUUUAUGCCAUGAUUCUAUUGGUGUCGCUGAUAAUCCACAUAAAGAUUUAUAUGAAUGCAACAUUUUUAAAAGUUUGUUAGAUAAACCUGUUUUACUUAAUAAUUGUCAUCAUUUGUUUUGUGCAACGUGCAUUUUUCCAAACAUAAUUGGAAACAUAGAAACAGAAACUAAAUGCAAAACAUAA